AAAACGUUGAUUUUGUUUAGAGGUCCUUUGUCCCAAGACAUUUCUUGGUGGCGGUGUAGAUGACAGUUGUACACGAUAUGUCAACUCAUCUUGUGAAAUAUAUUGUAUCCCACAAUUCAUUAAAAGUAAUCUGACAAUCAACGUCACGUGCAAUGAAUUCGGAUAUUGGAAUCCAGAUACGAGUCUUUUGUGUAUACGUGUACCAGACCCGAAAUGGGUGACUACAAUGGUUCCUGAAACAACACCUACGUUUUCAGUCACUAAAGGUUUUUCAGAUGUUUACAAAAUGUGGAUAACGUUUGGUAUUGUCGCAAGUGUAUGUCUAAUUAUUAUGGUCAUCAUCGUCAUCAUCCGGGGUUCAAGGACUGUCACCGGAUCGAAUGCUGGUGUUGCUAAUCGCCCUCUACCGGUACCAGAACCUGACCCCUAUUAUUAUGAGGAUCUAUAUGAUAAAAUUGAGACAUAUCAUACACACAUUACCAGUAGUGGAGAACGUACAAAUGAUAAUCAUAAUGGUGGCAGUGCUGAUCAGCAACUUGGAAUUCAGGAACAAUCUGGUUACUUGAUAGCAGACAACUCUACAGACGUAUCUGCCAAUAACCCCGAAUUCGUUGACGACUACGCAACUAAGGUGAACCAUGGUCAUCACCAAUUUGGAAUUCGAGAUGAAUUUGGUUACUUGGUAGUAGACAGCUCAACGGCCAACAACUUGGCUACAGAUGUAGUAGCUAAUUCUGCCAAUAACCCCGAAUUCGUUGACGACUACGCAACAAAGGUGAACCUUGGUCAUCACCAACUUGGAAUUCGAGAUGAAUUUGGUUACUUGAUAGUAGAUAACUCAACCACUAACAUUUUGGCUACAGAUGUACUAACUAAUUCUGCGGAUAACCCCGUCUUCGUUGACGACUACACAACCAAGGUGGACAGCCAAGACCCAGGAAAUUGUAUACGUUCGAUGAAAGCUGAUGAAACAACACAUUCCUCCCUAAUGAUCACCUCCAAUGAAGACGUAAUCAAUUCUACUGAUGACUUCCCUACAAUGGUGGACAGUCAAUCUCACGGAGAUGGUCUGAAUUCAGAAAACGCUGACGGAACACCACGGUCUUUCUUAACGAUCACAACGGAUGGAGACGUAACCAAUUCUGCCGACAACCCUGUUUUCGUUGACGACUAGACUACAAAACUAAGAUGAAAUGUCAAGACCUUGUAGAGUCUUCACUUGAAGCUACAAGUCCUGAACAGGAAUUAAAUAUUUGGCAUAGUAAAUUAUAUGCGUAAUUUAUAUAGAGAUUAUAUGGGUAAUAUUCAAAUUUGCCAUAAUUCUAUGAAGCACAAAUUGAAUUCGACAUUAUACAGGACGAGUAUACAUGAACACACACAGAUAUUAACACUGGUUCAUUCCUAAUACUUUGUAUAGUUGUCAAUUUAAAACUUGCCUAUGCUACUGUUUAGGAAGGAAAUAUUGAGUUCGUUGUCAAAAAGUAAAUAAAUUAAAAAAAAUAUUGAACCGAGGGUGUUUCGUGAUUAUCGAUAUACUUUUGCAGGUUGAAAGAUCGAUACUUUUGAGCUUUUUUGGGAUCCCAAACAGGAUGAAGCUACUUUUCCCAAACAGGAUGAAGCUACUUUUUUGUGGUUGACGGAAAGUUUGUAAGAAGAAAAGUAUUGGGGCAUGGGAAUCAAAUUGGAUGUAUCAAAGAAUGAAUAUUUUGGUUGGAAUAGUAAACCGUUGUAUAAUCGGCAUAGAGAAAGAAAUUGAGCAACUUAAGGCCAACUCAGACAGCGUCGUACGAUGCAGCCCGACGCGAUUCAUCGUCGAGGACAGUCUUAAGCCGUCGUGAGAAAUAGUAUACAUGUUCAAUACUGCGACGCGACUGCCCCCGACGCAAACCAUCGCGUCUGCGUUUAACUCACACAGACCCGAAACAAAAACAAAUCGCGUCAAGCUGCGUCGUACGACGCUGUCUGAGUUGGCCUUUAUUGGACAGAUGGAUAUCUUUAAUAUACAAAAUAAACAUGAGAGGACUCAGUAAUGAACAUUGGAGUACUCUGCACGUAAUUGGGCUGAUGUUGGAUAGAAUUACAAUACUUAAUACAUUGGGCAAGAUUUGAGAGGUAAUUUUUGAAGAAAUUAAGUGCGGGUCCACGUCUUCCGUAGAGCGACAAUUUAUACAAAAGUAUAUUGUGAUCAAUGGUAUGACAAACCUUGGAAAGAUCUAUGAAAAGACUAAUUUCAUGAUGUCGGUUUUCAAGUGCGUUAAUGUUUGUUAGAUCAAUAAGGCCCAUGGAUAUACCGUGUUUUCCCCUGAAACAAAACUGUAUGUUAUAAAGUAUGUUGUAUUUAAAAAUAAAUGAAAAAUCGUAUAUUAGGCCUCUUUCCAAUGCCUUCGAGAAGAUUGAUAAAAUUCAGAUAGAGCGAUAGAUAAUUGGAUAGAUCAGAUUUAAUAACCAGUUUUGCAUAGGGUACCGUAACGCACGCUAGCUUCACUAUGUCUGGGAACACAUCGUUGGAUAGGGCAAGAUUGAAAAUAUGGUAUAAAGGUAGAGAUGAAAUUAGCAAUGUGUUUGAUGACUUUGGUGUAAAAAUAAUUAAUGUCGAGUGAUUCGUUAGUUUUAAAGGAUGUAAGUAUUUGUAUCACUUCAGUCUCAUUGACCGAUUAAAAAGAUCAUUGGUCAUUAUCCCAUCACAAUUUAGGGGAGUAUUAGAUUUCAGAUUACUUUUUUUUAUCAACAGGUUGAUGGUCUCAGGUUGCCCUGAUAUUAUUUGUGUCUAAGGAAUGUAUUUAAUGUUUUUAGUUGAUUUUAUUAAAGAAUGUAAUUUGAUUUGUUUGUAAAUUUUUUUGUUAACUGCAAACUGGCAGUGCAGAAAUUUUGCAUAUAGUUUUUUUUUUAUAUAAUUACGGUACUUUUUUAAUAACUUUUUAAAUGUGCGUAUGUUAGAAAUGUUUCAUUGGUAAUAUAUUAGAUUUGAAUAAUUAUUAUAUUAUUAUUUUAUUAAUUAUUAAUUAUUAUUAAAAAAAAAUUCUUUAUAAUUAUGCAAAUGAGCGUUCUAUAUUUUAUUGGUGUUGUGGAUAAUCGAGCAGAUAAUAGCAAAGAGUGUAGAACUGGAAGAGGUCCGACUGGAACGUUAAAAAAGUACUGGCUCGAUAUAGAAUUCGAAUAGAGUUCGCUCGAAACACGCCCCCUUCGUACGUGGCAGUGUACUUUUCGAAAUAGGAUUACGUUCCAACGAAAACCACGAGAGUAACACCUCUUGCUGUUCUAUACUGUUUGAUAAUAGUAAACUACUAAAAAAAUUCUUGCCUAGAACUAUUGUACUUGUUUCUUAAACCAAUGUAAUGUUUUGAGUUACGUGUAUGAAUUGUGGUUACAGUGAUACGAGACAAACGUAACACCUUUUAAGUAAACUGUGUAGAUAACAAGUAAUUAAUUGUAUUAUAAUAAUGAUUCACAAAUUAUAAAAUCUACAUAAAAUAGUAAAAUUCUAUGAGAUUUGAAUUAAAAGUGCAAAAACAUGCAUAUUCAGAAAUAUGCAAAUUUGUGCAAUGUGUGAGGUCAUAUAUUUUUAUUUUGUGUUGAACAUGGAGCAGAUACAGUAUAAUACUCGACAGAAAUAUUCUUGCCUUAUACUAUACUUUAAAAAAAAGUUUUUCAGAAAAACAAUGUAUUGUUUUGAUAUGGAUGGUAAGCUUGUCACCAUGAUGCGACACAUAUGGAGCGAACCAUUGUAGAGGUGUUCGUCACCUGUUGGCUCGUCUCCAUCACUUUUGUAUUUUAGUAAGUGAGAAGUAAGUUAAAUAAAACUGUAACACUUUUG